AUGUGUUCCGGUACGACAUUUAAAGCGUUGUGUUAUUUUUACGCGGGCUGUAAUUUGUUCAUGUCAAUCACGGCCAUAAUGAAUGCGAAACGUGCCAGUCGAAUUAUUGGAUAUGACAACUGUACCGCCGGAAGUGACACAUUCGAUGAUCAAGAUGAAAGCACCAUACCGAAUGGAACAUGUAAUCAAUACACAUACGCCUUUCUGGUGGCCGCCAGUGGACUGGAUUGUUUCAUGUCAUUAGUGCUGUUGGUAGCGAUAUGCAUGAGGAAAACUCUUCUCCUGAGGCUGUACAGGCUACACCUGUGGUUCCAUAUGUCAUUCUGCUUCUACUGCUGGCUGGUUGUCCUGUUGGCGUUCCGUGGAGCGGUCAACUCUACCACACUGCUCUCCGUCUGGGGUGUCGUGCUGAUACUAAGCAGCGUUUACUUCGCGAUGGAGGUUUGGAUAACGAGAGGAGCCUACGAAGCUAUACGCCAGGAACGUGCGAAGCGCAAGCAGGUGACAACGGUGGAAGCUGGUACCGGUUCCAUGCUGCUGAGUAUGGGUGGAUUUAUCUUAUGA